UUCUAGAUACGGGCGUUCUGACAAUCUAAACAUCUUUGUUAAUGGGAGUGAUGGGUUUCCAUUAGUAUUCAAGGAGAAAUGGAGAAGUACAGAUUGCACUGCAAGUCAGAUAAACAACUUUGACUAGAAAAAUGAACAGAUUGUGAUGGUUAGUGUUGGGUUCAGAUGAACAUUUGAAGAAAGAUCGGCUUCGAUACUCAUUUGGAUUCAGAUUCAUCUUAUGAUUUGAUUCAAAGUAGUUAAAUGUGGUUUUAAAGGGCAAAAAAAAAAGAAAAGAAAGGGAAGUCUUUCGAGGAGUUUCAGUUACAAAAUCAAAGACAACAUUAACUGCAUAUUGUUUGUCGAAGUGGAGAGUAAAUUAGGUGGAUAAAGGGUUUGCUCGGAAACCAGUGGAGUGAUAUAUAGAUUCAUGGUUUAAGAUGAUGGUUUUCUCGAAGUUGCAGAGGAAAAAUUAAAUCUUUUAAUAGUAUUACGGGGGUCCUUUUAUCAGGAUUUAAUAAGGUUUGUUUAUUAAUGGAAAUUGGAAGGAAAUGAAGUUGUAGCAUGUGAUAAUCUCAGUAACGUAUUCCGUUUUCCAAGCUUUGUGACUGAAAAUCGAUACAAGAAAACCAGAGUUUUUAUUUUAUCAAGAGAAUCAGUAACAGAGGAAACCCCCUGUUUUUUAGGGGUUUUCCUCUCUUAUCUUCUCUUUUUAAAUCGAUACAAAAAUUUAAAAAACCAAAAACCCCUGUUUUUUAGGUGCCAAGGGAAAUGUGAAGUCUGAACUUAACAUUUCAGAUUGCUUGUUAGGAAACAGCUCAUUAUUGCUUAUUUGCAUCACUCCUCCACUGGAUUUGCAAUCAGGUAAUCUUCAAAAAUCUCAUUGAUUUUACCUGCAGUUACAGUUCUUGAUCAAAACCCAUCAAGUUUCUUGUGUUACAUCUCUCUCUCUCUCUCUUGAUUAUUAUCGUUAGAAUUGAAACGCUUCUUUUAGGAAACUUCAUCAAAUACCCAUUGAAACUCUGUCAUCUUCUCUUUUUUCCCUUGCUUUUUUCCUUUUUAUUUUAUUUCAAGUUCAACAGUAAAGUGAAAGUAGAGCACUUUUAUUUCUCUAUUGUUGUUUCUUGUGAUAAUAAAAAGGUGGUAUUAGAUAAAUAAACCCUUUGAUCUUGCCACUCAUUAAUUUCAUUUGCUUCAUAUCCCAUUCUCUCCCAUCUCUCUCUGUAGGUGAAUCAAAUGUUUAUGAUCACUAAUAUGAGAGGAACAGCUGAAAAUCAAAUGUGCUCAUCUUCAUCUUCUAGUUGUACUUGUUCUUUCUUCUCUAUGAGUUUAUUUAAACAUAGCCAACUCUAUUAUGUUGCAAUAGUUGUUUUAUCUCUAGCCUUUACAUGCUUUUCAAGAUCUUCAAUAUUAUCCAUUCUCUUUUCUUUUUCUGCAUUCAUUUUAUCUUCUCAUCUUCUGUUCAAUUUCACAAAGAAAAAACCUAGUAAUACAAGCAGCACUACACAAGAAAACGUAUUAGAAAUCGAGGAGGUUUACUUGGAACCAAAUAAGAGAGUAGCUCAAGUUGGAGGAGGUCAGAUUCAUGAUUAUUUAUUAAGUAAAUCUUGUGAUACAUCGUCGGAAACGGAAAGUGGCGAUCUUUCAUCGAGCAGUGACGAUUCCGAUGUUGAUUGGUCGUUCCGGCAUUAUGUGGGUCAGACUGCGAUGUAUUCCGAUGAUUCUAUUUCAGACGACGAAAGCCUCAUCGAAAUCGAACUACCUGGUGGUCACUACAUGGGUGCAAAAGAGGAACCAAGUUUUAAUGAAGAGCCACAAUUCAGUUUUGGAGUUAUAGACGAACCGAUUUUCAAAUUUGGUGCUAAAGGAGAAACCAAAUUUAGCAAGUACCAGAGCAAUGUACCUGAAUUAUUUCAAGAAUCAAUCUUUAAUCAAGAAGAUCUUAUGGAGCUAUUUGCAGAUAUUAAUGAGAUGAAUGAAGAGGAAAAUUUGAUUGAGAUUGAUAUAUCUAUGGGUUCCAUCAAGUGUUCGAGGUUAGAGAUUGCAGCUUGAAAUUAAUGUCCAAUUUCUUUUAUUUAACCCCUUGAAAUGUUUUUACUCCAAAUUAGUGUUAGGGUUUUUGGUUUCUUACAUUUUGGAGGUAUGGAAAGGUUGCCUUUGUUUGGUGAGGUGGUGUUGUGAAGUAUUUUACUUUUUCAUUGACCUCAUUUUCUUGUAAGUCAUAUAGGAUGCUUCUUAAAGGUAUUUUUUUCACUCCAUGUUCUUUUUUUUUUUUUUUAAUUAAUGUAUGUACAUAAUUCUCAAGGUAA